AUGGCCGUCAUAGUUAAGCAACGAAAUCCCACUGGUGAGGCUUGCCCCAUGCCUGGAUGUCGGUCUGACCAGGUUGUCUCGAUGUCUGGUGGUGGGACAAGAUGCAGAUUGGACACCGCUACUGUGGGGGGCUGCGAACGGACACGAGGUGAUGAUGAUGAUAAUGAUGAUGAUGAUAUUUUUUACCCUGAUGCGACCUAG